AUGGCCUUAUUUGAAGACCCAGGCACCCUGCGACGAGCAGUCGAGUCCAGCGCUGUCCCGGUCCUUGAGGCUUUGGAAGCCAACUCAGCAUUGCUCGCCAGAGAGCGUGGUCGUUUUGAUGCCGAGUCUCCUCCGCCAUACGCGUCAUCGACGGAGGACGACCCGGACCUCGACCCUGGCUACUUGCCGGACCGCGAUCUUCAAAAAAUUAUGGACGCGCCUCUCACUGACGAGGAGAUCGAAACGGUGGCAGAAAUCGCAAUUCAGCACUACUACGCCGGCAGGAAGAUAUGGGGAGAACACCGCGGUCAAUUGAAAUACUUAGAGAACGCUUUCGAAGUGCCUGGGCCCGAUCCCCCGCUCACCUACUUACUGAGAUCUCAUGUCCACGAACAUCGCCUCCAUCUCCUUGCGCGUAGCGCCGUGAGAAAACGCUGGCAGGCAUUAGGCGUAUGGAACGACGACUGGGGUACGCUCAAGUCUGAUGACCACCACAUUGAGGGAAUUCCGUGGCACAGCUGUACUCGCGGCGACGAUGGUAAAAUAUUGGAAUGGGAAUGGGCAAAACAAGACAUACCCCAUGACGAGACUCAUCCUGCCUGGCGAGCUGUCCUUCUACGCCGCGGGCUAAAGCGUGGGGAACACCUAGUCCCUCCCCCGCGCCGUAACCCUUCUCGCGACAGCUCGGCCGGCGAGAGGGACUCCUUCAUCACAUCGCGCCCUUGGUUCCAGUUCAGCCUCUGCCUCGCUGAAGAAAUACAGCGCGCUAGCAGGUUGACGGCUCGACAGAUGAGCCGCGCCAACCUGCCGCGACCUCUCCAAAGAGUCAUGCGCGCACAGUGGGAGAAGCAAGGCCUGUGGAAGCCUCAAUGGGACUUACACCGGCCAUCAGUAAGGCCGGGCUGGAAAUGGCCCCACGAGAGCCCGUCUCCAGAACCCGAAGAGUUCGAGGAGUAUGACGCGGACGCCUUGGAGGAGGAUUUAUCGCCAUUUGAACGCGAUGAGUACAAGCGCCUUGGCCCGAAGCCACCGGAGAAGUCGGCGCUGGAAUUUUUUCCAUGGUGGCUGCAGGACUUUGUCCAAGAAAGGGAAGAGCAUGAGACGCUCAAGCGGGAGGGAAAGACCACGGAGCCGCCCCCGAGAUACAGUAGAGCGGCCGCCAAGGUCAAGACUACGGCGAGAAGGAUCAAAUCGUCGGCGGAACCAACUCGGAGGAGCUCCAGGGUUCUCAAGAUGCAGGAAAAGCAGCAGAGGGAGCUGGCCGAGAAGGAAGAGAAGGAAGAGCAGGAGCGUCGUGCCCGCGAGGCAGCGGCGGCAGCAAAGCAGACGGCAAGCAAGGGCAAGACUACGGCUAAGGGGAUUAGGCCAGCAGCCCGAGGUGCAAAGACGGCAGCUAAAGACACUACUAAGUCUAUGGUUCGCGGCCCAAAGGCUGGUCUUAAGGGCACGGCGAAGCCUUUGGCUCGAGGUGUGAAUGCUGCUGCCAAGGGCACAACAAGAACGACGGUCAAAGACACCAAGACUUCUGUUCGAGGCGUGAAGGCUGCUACCAAAAGCACGACGAAGCCUUUGGCUCAAGGCGCAAAGGCUACUGCUAAAGGCACGACAAGGACGGCGGCUAAAGACACCAAGACUCUGGCUGGAACCAGUGCAAAGACGGCUGCCAAGGGUGCCAGGACAGCGGCCAAAGACGCAAAUACUUCGGUUCGAGGCACGAGAACUGCUGCGAAAGGCGCGACGAGAGCCGCUGCGGCCAAAGGCGCGACGACUAGCUCUGAAGGCUCAAAGACUCCCGCGCGAGGCACAAAGCGCAAGAGGAGGUGA